UGAUCCGGGUCCUCCCAGUUGUCAGGCGGGUAGACGCAGCGAUGUUGGUCCGGGCUGAGUGUGCACUGAGGGCCUGUGUCCGAGUUGGUUUGCGAUUUCAGUCAACCAGCAGGGCUUCUGCAGCUGUAUUGAAGGCAAGCCAAGCAGCACCUGGAUUCAAUUUUGAACUCACAGAUGAGCAGAAAGAGUUCCAGGCCACAGCACGGAAAUUUUCUCGGGAGGAGGUGAUUCCUGCAGCUGCUGAGUAUGACAAGAGUGGAGAGUAUCCUGUUCCACUUAUCAAGCGAGCUUGGGAGCUGGGCCUGAUGAACACACACAUUCCUGUGAGUUGCGGUGGAAUGGGGCUAGGCAUCUUUGAUUCCUGUCUAAUUACUGAGGAAAUAGCAUAUGGUUGUACCGGCAUUCAGACUGCAAUCGAGGCCAACUCAUUGGGGCAAAUGCCAGUCAUUCUUGCAGGCACUGAGGAGCAGCAGAAGAAAUACCUGGGACGGAUGACUGAGGCUCCGCUGAUGUGUGCAUAUUGUGUGACAGAACCAGGUGCUGGCUCUGAUGUGGCUGGCAUCAAGACCAGAGCAGAGAAAAAGGGUGAUGAGUACAUUAUUAACGGUCAGAAAAUGUGGAUCACAAAUGGAGGCAAGGCUGACUGGUAUUUUCUCCUGGCCCGGUCGAAUCCAGAUCCCAAAGCCUCUGCAGGCAAGGCCUUCACUGGGUUCAUUGUAGAUGCUGAUUCCCCUGGAAUCCAGACUGGAAGAAAGGAGAUGAACAUGGGUCAGCGGUGCUCAGAUACCAGAGGUAUUGUCUUUGAAGAUGUGCGAGUGCCCAAGGAAAAUGUCCUCAUUGGAGAGGGCGCUGGCUUCAAAAUUGCAAUGGGAGCAUUCGAUAAAACCAGACCACCGGUAGCUGCUGGAGCUGUUGGUUUAGGCCAGAGAGCUUUGGAUGAAGCUACCAAGUAUGCACUGGAAAGGAAAACCUUUGGAAAAUUACUUGCAGAGCAUCAGGCAGUUUCGUUCCUGCUGGCGGAGAUGGCUCUGAAGGUGGAAUUGGCCCGGCUAAGUUACCAAAGGGCGGCCUGGGAAGUGGACCAAGGGCGGAAGAACACUUACUAUGCCUCCAUAGCAAAAGCAUUUGCUGGCGACAUGGCCAAUCAGGUUGCCAGUGAUGCCGUCCAGAUCUUUGGGGGCAACGGGUUCAACAGCGAAUAUCCUGUGGAGAAGCUGAUGAGAGAUGCUAAAAUCUACCAGAUCUAUGAAGGCACUGCUCAGAUCCAGAGACUGAUCAUUGCACGGGAACAUAUUGAGAAAUAUAAGCAGUGAGGGAUCCGUGUCUGUUCAGAGUCCAGUGGCAAUACUGUAAUCUAACGACAUAUCAUUUCAAUCGUUAACAAUGCAAAUCCAGUUCCUACGCACCCUACCCCACCCACUUUUCUUUCUAUGCAACGGGGAAAGGGGCUAAAGCGUUAAACCCAUUGUCACCCAAUUGAGGUUUACUUUGUCCAAGAACAAAACCUUUUUUUUAUAUACAUAUAUCUACUAACAUUGUCGGCAGCUGCCUAGCCGGUUGACUGAGAUAGGGCACUCGGGUUUUUGGAACCACGUGAAGGCUGGGGGGUGGACUGCAAUCAAAUAUAUUGUACACCCAGUGAGAUGAACAAAUAAUUUGUUUAAAAAUAAAAUCAAUUCAGUAAAA